AUGUACGCUUCAUCUUUAUUAUUUGCUUUAACUGCUGCUACCACUGUUUUCGCUGGUUUCUCAAAUCAAACCACCAUCACUACCGAUAUCAUCGUUACUGAAUUCACCACUUACUGUCCUUACUCUACUGAAGUCGUCGUCACUAUCUGUGAUCAAGAAAGUAUUUGUGCUCCAUCAACCAUCACUGUUACUGAAGCUACCACUUUAGUUAUCACUGAACCAUGUUUAAUUGAAACUACUUUAACCAGUUCUGCUGCUCCAACCGUUGUCGCUGCUGAAUCUACUAUCUAUGAAACUAGAACUUGUACUGAAUGUGCUCCAGCUACUUCUUUCGCUAAUGCUACCACUCCAGAAGUUUCUACUUUAGAAGCUGGUGCUGGUUCAAACCAAGUUGCCGUUGGUGCUUUUGCUGGUUUAGCUAUUGUCGCUGCUGCUUUAAUCUAG